GGUUGCAUGACGUUACUAGGGGAAUAUUAUUUCAAUUCUUCUUUUUUUUAUUUUUCUUUUUCAUUUUUUGCAUUUUAUGGCGGAUUUUAUUUGUUUAACAAUGGCAACACAACAUACGGAAGAAUCGAGCUCAUCCAUAAGGAACCCAUUAUUUAGAAGGCCAAGUAGCAGCCAACGCAGCGAACCUAAAGUUCAUGUCCGAAUUGUGCCCAGUAUUGAAAAUCCCAGUCGCAGUUUAAUAUUUAGCAUUAUUGAAAGAGAUCUUGAAGCUGGCAAGGUGAUUAAAAUCGGGAGAUUUACAGAUAAAUCAUCUGUACAAAAUCAUAUAUCAUUUAAAAGUAAAGUCGUAUCUCGAUCUCACUGUGAAGUUUGGCUAAACCAUGAAGGAAAGGUACUCUUAAAAGAUACAAAAUCAUCCUCUGGUACAUUUGUGAACCAUGUGAGGCUCAGUCCAGCAAAUCAAGAAAGUCGACCUGUUGAAAUCAGAGACGGAGAUUUAGUCCAACUGGGUGUUGACUAUCAAGGUGGAUUUGAAGAAAUUUAUCGUGCAGUCAAAAUGAGAUUUGAAGUGAACAGACAAUCACAAGCAAAGCAAAUUUCUUAUUCAAUUUCAGCGUUUAAUAAUUUACGUAACAUCACAAGUAACAAACAACUCCAGCUGACAGCAUCAUCUGAUAAUAUUCAAGUCGAAGAGUGCUGCAUCUGUUUGUAUGCUCUGGCUCCAUUUCAAGCCUUAUUUGUCGCCCCUUGCUCUCAUACCUACCACUUUAAAUGUAUACGUCCUUUACUUGACAGUUACCCAGGGUUCCAGUGCCCUAUUUGCCGCACAUAUUCCGAUCUGGAUGCAAGUGUUGCUAUGGAAAUAGAAGAAGUUAUUGAAAAGUUUGGUCUACGAAAAAAUACUCAUGCACAAACUCAAGGCGAUCACUGUCCUUCUAGUUCUUCCUCCUCCUCUUCUGAUGCAGAAGAAGAAGAAGAAAUACUGCAUCCAUUACCAACUCAAGCUAUUCUUAGUGAUCCACCACUAUCGACUACUCUGGUAGCAUGUACAAAUAGUCUAUCGGGCAUGAUGCCACCAUCGUCAAAUAAUACAACUUCAAAUGACAUAGAAGCAAUUAUGUCAGAUGCAGAAGAUCAUCAUCGCGCCAAUAUUGGUACAAGUGCUUCUGCUGCAGAACAAAAACAAAAGAAUACAAAAUACAACAACAACCUGGUUGAAAAAAUCAAAAUGGCCUUUUCGAAUGAUAAACGUAGAUCAAUCGCUAAAAAACGUAUGAACAGUACUGGUACGACCAAUAGUUGUAGUAGCAGUGAUGAAAUGGAACGAUCAGAGACUUACUUUGAUCUAUCUACACCUACAUCUAUUCAACAUUUAAAUCAUACCCUUUCUCGUCAAUCAACUCAUCAUAACAACCUGAGUGGAAUUGUAGAGGAACUUGCGUCAAAUGCGUCUCACUAAAUAUGACCUAAAAACGAUUGCUAUAUAUUUUAUAUUCCCCCACCUUCUCUUUUCCCCCUCAUUCUCUUUUUCUCCCUUUUAUAUAUAUAAUAAUAAUAAUAAAAUUCUUUUUGUAUGAAUACAAGUUACUUGGCUAGAUCUAGCAAUCUGUAAUAUAUAUGGCUGAACUAUGGAUAUGCAAGAAUCAAAAAGACGGAUCUUAUCUACUUUAUUAAAGGUACACG